UUUGCGGGCUCAGAAUACUAUUUUGCAAGUGUCUUCUGCGUACUUCAUUACAAGUGGCAAGUCGACUUUAGCUAUAAAAUUUUUCACCCAAGAAAGAAUAUAUAAUUGAUACAACACAUUCAAGAACGAGCUGAUCAACGUUUUCAUCCGCUACUUUAGCAAGAAACGGUGUUUUGGAACAAGUGCUGCUAUAUUGUUACGUGAUCAAAGUAAGAUGUCUACUGAUACAUAUGCAGUUUGUAGAAUUCCUUGAUGAGAAGUCAGUUGAAGUUGUUCCUAGAAGUUGGAUUGAAGCAUGUGAAGCUUUUGUGUUGCUAUUGGCCGAGGACAAACGUCUCAGCUAUUGUAAUGAAGCUGGAAUUGCCAUACAAAAAUGGUUGGAAAAAACAUAAAGUCAGAAUAUUCACAUUUGCAGACAACUUUAAAAGUGCCCAAAAGUUUGCUAGAAGAGCCAUUGCCACUUCAAACAUUGAAUGAGAUGAUGAGUCAAUCAACGACAAGCCACGAAAACGUUCUCGUCUCAAAAGGAGUAUGGAAGAAUUUCCAGAUUACAGUGACAUAGAAAACGAUGAUGACAGUGAUGAACCCGUAAUUCAACACAUAGCCCCUCAGUUACCUCCUGCUCCACGUUACGCAUCUUUUAGUAUGAACAAUAAGCAUUUAUUGGAAUCUUCUGAAAGUAAUAUGAUAACAGCCGUCAUUGAAAUCUUAUCAACAAAUUCUAGAAAUUUGCCGGUGUACAGCGACUUGAUCUCCCUUGCAGAAAAAGAUUUAUAUGACGGUGAACUAGCACCAGAAAUCCUAAACACAAAGGAUCAUGCAAUAACUUCUCCAUCUACUAGUAAGACACCAUCUCAGCGUAGUGUUACAAGCAACGUCUCUUCACAAGGAAUUCUUACAACUGGCACAACAAGAGAAAGACAUUCUCAACAAAACAGUGGUGUCUUAGAUGCGCAUGACCUUUCAUCGCACGAAACGCCUUCGACAAGUUUUAAGAACAUAACACCUGCAGGAAGACGUUCUCAACAAAACAUUAAUGGCAUCUCUUCUACAGCUUCCAAAUAUCAGUUCUCACCAAACUGGAAACAUUAAUUGAUAAGCAAGAAGAAUAUUGUGUCAAUAUUGCGUGCCUGUUAAGCGCUACUAAAGGUGUAGACGAGCACGAAAUUUUGGAAGAUGUUGUACCUAAUCCCUUUGAUUCGGUUGAAGAACUUGAGGACCUAUCCUCUAGUCUUAAUGAAGAAAAGUCCAGGAGAAAGUUGGUAAGUUUUGGAAAGUUAACCCAUACGUAUUUAGUAAUAUUUAUUGGCACUGC